AUGACUUGGCAGAUGACCGGCGAAGUGACGGAUCUCGACUCUCCGUCCAUCGUGGAGCUCGAUGAAACCCUAAAGAAACAGUCGACAAUUGGCGAGAACUCGCCUAUGCGUCUACGAAUGGAGAAAUUGAUCAAAGAACAUCAGCAGAAGAUUGUGAAUGAACUCAGUAGGAUAGACGGGAAGAUGUUCAAGACCGAUACCUGGACACGUCCUAAUGGCGGAGGCGGUAUUUCAUGUGUCUUGCAGGAUGGAAAUGUCUUUGAGAAGGCCGGUGUCAAUGUUUCCAUUGUCUACGGUGAAUUACCUCGCCCUGCCAUCGAGAAAAUGCGAGCGGAUCACAAGUCAUUUGUCGGCGCGGACGUUGACUCUCUGAGUUUCUUUGCUGCUGGUCUCUCACUGGUUCUGCACCCCCACAACCCCAUGGCUCCGACAGUGCACCUGAACUACAGAUAUUUCGAGACCUCAGAUCCAAAGGAUCCUAUCCAUGGAGAGAAAAACUGGUGGUUUGGCGGCGGCACAGAUUUGACACCGUCAUACCUCUUCCCUGAAGACGUCAAGCACUUCCAUCAGACCAUCAAGGACGCCUGUGAUAGGCAUGAUGCGACAUACUAUCCCAAAUUCAAAGCAUGGUGUGACAAGUACUUCCACUUGCCUCAUCGCGGCGAGGCUCGUGGUGUUGGCGGUAUCUUCUUUGAUGACCUUGACGCCAGUUUCCUUGAAUCCUCUUCUACUUCUUCCCAGAACCCUCAAGAGACUAUCUUCUCAUUCGUUUCCGAUGCUCUCGCAUCAUUCCUACCCUCCUACGUCCCCAUUAUCGAAAAGCGCAAGGACAUGCCUUUCACUCCUGCCCAGAAGGAAUGGCAACAGCUGCGGCGUGGCCGCUAUGUCGAAUUCAAUCUUGUCUAUGACCGCGGAACAAGCUUCGGUUUACGCACACCCAACGCUCGUGUCGAAAGUAUCUUGAUGAGCUUGCCUCGCACUGCAUCAUGGGCAUAUAUGGACCCAGUAUCCGGAACACGUACCGAGGAUCCCAUGUCAGAAGAGGAAGAACUUCUGACUCAAGAUAAGGCAGCGGAAAAAGAGAUGAUGGAGGUUCUGAGACAUCCCAGGCAAUGGGUUUGA